AGCCUCUCUACCGAUAGCACACUACGCUACUCUACGCUCACCACCAGCUAGUCGACCUUACACCGCCGCGCUCCGCAGCAGCCCACACAACCCAUAAUGGCGAGGCGCAUCGCCGUGGCGGCGGCGGCGUUCCUGGCGCUGGCGGUGGUUCCCGCGGCGCUGGCGCAGGCGCCGGGCCCCGCGGCGGCACCGAGCGGGCCCCCCAACGUGACGGCGAUCCUGGAGAAGGGCGGGCAGUACACGACGUUCAUGCGGCUGAUGAAGGAGACGCAGCAGGACACGCAGCUCAACAGCCAGCUCAACAGCUCCUUCGGCAACGGCGGCAGCGGCUACACGGUGUUCGCGCCCACCGACAACGCCUUCAACAACCUCAAGCCCGGCACGCUCAACUCCCUCACCCAGCAGCAGCAGGUGUCGCUGGUGCAGGGCCACGUCCUGCCCCAGUUCUACAGCAUGGACUCCUUCCAGACCGCCAGCAACCCCGUCCGCACCCAGGCCUCCGGCCGGGACGGGCCCUACACGCUCAACAUCACCUCCGACACCAACAACCAGGUCAACGUCUCCUCCGGCGUCGUCGACGUCCGCAUCAGCAACGCGCUCUACUCCAACAAGCCGCUCGCCGUCUACUCCGUCGACAAGGUGCUCCUGCCCAUGGAGCUCUUCGGGGCCAAGGCCCCUGCCGCCGCGCCCACCGCGUCCGAGGGCAAGCCCAAGAAGGGCGGGUCCUCCGACGCCGCCUCUGGGCCCGCCGGCUCCGACGACUCCGCGCCCACGGGCGCCGCCAGCGCCAGGGCCGUCGGCUGGAGCGUCGCGGGCCUCGCCGCCGUUCUGGGCUACCUGCUGUGAGUCUGAGAUGAGAAUGCCAAGUCCUCCAAUUCCAUUGCAAGUGGAGUUGUUGGGAUUCUUUGCCUGAGACUGUCGGUGGUGGUGUUCCCUUCCCCUUCUUUCUCUCUUCUCGGUUUAAAUUUCUUUGAUCUUGCUAGUUUCUUCUUUGUAAUUCUUGUUCUUGGCGGUCUGUACGAUUGGGUUACGUGAUUGAAUUCAUGUGCUUGAGGCUGUUCAUAAUGCAUUACUGCUUUCGAGUCGUUCUA